AUGGGCAACUUGGAAGCCUUCUGUCCAGAUAAUUUUCUGAAAGAUACGAGACGAGACUGCCACCGCUAUCGGAGCUACAUACUCAGAGUCUUCGACAAGAGCAGUCCUCGAAGCGUAACCCGAGGUGCGCUCAACUUUCGACUUUACGAGUGUCGCUCGACAAAUACUGUUGACAUUUCACUCGAAGCCGCCUUCAACGACAGAGGCAACGUUAUAGGGAGGCUAAGGAGCUCAUGGAGUUCUUUGUACAACGGUACUCUUGAACAGUCAUGCGAUUUCGAUGCUGGAACUGGUUUCGCGAAAGCGUGGGUGUACAUGGGAGCGAUGCAGCCGGUCGAUGAUAGUAUGAGUGCUGAGCACGUCCCAGAAACCUUGAAGCAAGCAACAUGGUCCAGCUUUACUCAACUUUGGUGUGGAACUGGUCGGACGUAUGUCGACUACCACUUGGUCACCGUGAAAAUCCUGGCUUGA